CUGCGUCCCAGAGAGUUUACAAGGGCUUCUGGAAGCUGGGGCUGAGGGGCGAUGGUGGGAGACAGAGGGCAGCCUGCAAUGGCAUGGAUAGGGAGGUGGAAACCCCUUCCUCCCCAUCCUCCUCUGUUGCCCUUCUGAGUUCUGGCACCAGAGGACCUGGCAUGUUGACUCAGUUCUGAGAGUCACUUCAGUGGCCAGCUUGGGGACCAGGAGCAGUCUGGUCACUUAUCAUCAGUAGAGGGAUAACAGAUAGGCCUGGGAAGUGCCCCAUGUUCUUUCGACUCCCCAGUUAAUGGCAGCUACUGUGUAUGGAGGGUUCCACUGUGGCAAAUUUGUGACGCUCGACAGUAUUGGUAGGUCUGCACUGGGACUCUGAGGUGGGUACCACUUUUCUUGUUUUUACACUCACGUGGUUGCUAAGCAGCUAAGCCAGGACUUGAUCUCCUGUCUGAUGACCUCAGACCCUCUCUUCUCUACACCCCCCAAAUAAACUCUAUCCUCGGGCCUUCUAAGGAAGAGGCUGUCACCCACCCCAAUGGUUAAGCCACACAAGGCUCUUCUUUAACUCUUUUCCAAUGUCCCUAAAUCCAGCCCAGAUCUAGGGUGAAUUUUCGCCAUAGAAAGUUCGAUCUAAGGUGUCCUGAGGUACACUUAGCAUCUCACUGGGACACUCUCCCUACAGUCUAACUGAAAUCCCUUCUUUUAUCAAAGAAACACACGUCUUCCUGUCUAGGCCAUGUGGGACAUCAACGGUCUGCAUCCUCCUUCCUGUUGGAGAUUCUCGUUAAGCUUCCAGAAUCCCAGAUCCCCACCUAUGUUUUACAUUUUAACAGAAUCCAUGGUUGAGCACAGGAGCUGGUGUUUCUUUUAGAACUCACUCCAGGAGGCUGGUGAGCCAUCAGGAUAUUGCAGGCGGUGAGACUGGGGCAAGCCACAGGGUUGGACCCCACUGGAACAGGUGCUUCCCUUUCCUGCCCUUCUGAACCCCACGUUCUAACCUUAAUGCCCGGCAGUCUCAGAGGGCUCACUGGAAGAAGUCACCACGAGGAAUCCCUGACAAGUGUGCCCAGUUUCCCAGAGAGAUAAUUGGUGAUAAUGGGUUCUGAGUGUUGAAAAAAUAAUCACUGGCUGUUAGCAGAUGGCCUGGGGCCAGGGUGGGGCCUGCACCACAGGGUGUUGCCCUGUGGAAGUUGCCAAGCUCCAUGCAGAAUAAGAGCGAUGCUGGUGUUUGAUUGCAUCCCUCUCACCUGACCUUCCUUCUAUCCCCAUUUCUCUUUGCCUUCCGUGGUGCCAAAAAUGACCGCUGCCCCCAGUGGCUAUGGGGAAGAAGCUGGUGAUGGCCCAGAAGCGCGGAGAGACGCGAGCCCUCUGCCUGGGGGUGACAAUGGUAGUGUGUGCUGCCAUCACCUACUAUAUCUUGGGUACCACGGUGCUGCCUCUCUACCAGAAAAGUGUGUGGACCCAAGAGUCUACCUGUCACCUGAUUGAAGCCAAUGUCAAGGACCACGAGGAGCUGGAGGGCAAGAAGGUGCCCCGGUACCCAUGCCUUUGGGUCAAUGUAUCAGUUGUGGGCCAGUGGGCCAUGUUGUACCACACAGAAGACACUCAGGACCAAAACCAACAGUGCUCCUAUAUCCCUAGCAACUUGGACAACUACCAGAUGGCUCUGGCUGAUGUGGAGAAGGUCAGAGCCAAUUUCCACGAGCACCAGGCUUUCUACUGUUUCUCUGCACCUCAAGUUGAGACCAGCGUUGUGUAUCGGCGCCUCUAUGGGCCCCAAACCCUGCUCUUCUCCUUCUUCUGGCCCACCUUCCUGCUGACUGGUGGCCUCCUCAUUAUCGCCAUGGUGAAACUCAACAGGUCCCUCUCCAUCUUGGCCGCUCAGAGGUAGACCAAUCCAGUCUGUGCCACAGCGCCGGAAGUCACCAGGGACAGCAGGGGUCAUGGGCAGGGGUGCUCAUCACUCUCUUCCUCUUGUCUCCUCUUUUGUUUGUUCCAUGUCUUUGGGAGGUCUGAAGCCAUUGGAGGACAAAGGGACAGCCAGUUACAACUCCCCUCUCCCUGACCUCAAUUAGUUCAUGUCUGUUACCUGCUAGGCCACUAUUCACCCCCCAGAUGGUGAAUAGUGUCACCUCUGUUCCUAAGUUCUCUCUUAGUUCAAACGCCUGCCUAUCACACCCAGAAUGUUGUCCUUGGCCAAAUCUUCUUUAAGUUGUCACCAAAACAAUACCUCUAAUUUAUAGGGCAACUCAAUGUAUUGCUUUUUGUCAAGGACAUUAAGCCACACACAAAUUAUUCUAAAAUUCAAAAUGACUGCUGUCCUUUUAUAUCUACAGGGACUAGUUCUGAGUCCCCCUCAGAUGCCAAAAUCCCCUUAUAUAACAUGGUGCAGUGUGUGUGUGUGUGUGUGUGUGUGUGUGUGUGUGUGUAACUUCUGCACACCUUCCUUGUGCCUCACAUCAUCUCCGGAUGACUUAUAACACCCACACCAAUGUUAAUGCUGCAAAUGGCUUUCGUUCUCUAUUGUUCAGGGAAUAAUGAUGAGGAAGUGUCCAUCCAUGUUCACUACAGACGCAAUUUCCCCCCAAAUACUUUCAAUCUGCAGUUGAUUGAAUCCAAUGGGGCAGAACCUGCUGAUACAGAGUUUAAGAAUAUUCAUUCACACAACAACACAAGUCUGCGAGGAAAUAAACACAAACACAUCAAUAUUAA